UGGGUUAUAUUAUUCGGACACUGUUUACUAUUUACAAUGACAUUAUUAUCUAUGACUAUUUCUUAUUUAAUACCUUGAAUCGAACCUGAAUUUUUGUAAUACAAAAAUAACUGACUCCGAACUCUUCCUACCCUCAUCUAAAUUUCUAAUCAACCCAUACGAUGUGAAAAUUAUGACACAAUCACAAAAGGCUAUUUGAUCAACUGCAAUAAUAAAGUCGUAUGGAUAAUCUGGAAAUACCUGGAGUUAGCAACAUGAAGGGCAGGAGUUUUUUGUCGGACCUGCAGAAAAAAGCUCUGCUGAAUUUCAUGGAAUCGGAGCCCCAGCUUUGUAAAGGAAAAUUUACUCGUGAAUUCACACAUCAAGUAGCCAAAGACAAGUGGUUAGACAUAGCAAGUCGGCUGAAUAGCAUACCCGGUGCCUACAAAGAUUGGCUGCAAUGGAGAAGAACCUGGCAAGACAUGAAGAAACUGGUGAAAAGAAAGAGGACACUCUGCAACGUUAUUCUUGCUCAAGAUGAAGAGAAAAUACUGAGCUUAAUAGGAGAUGGCGAAGAUGAGAGCGAAGAUUCCAAAAUGGAUACAGGAGGACCAGAAGUCCAAUCAGAGCAAGAGUUGAUAUAUGUAGAAUACGUUAACUCCCACACCGAUGGAGAAACAAAACCCGACGAAGAACUGCAAGAUGGAUUCAAACGGAACUAUGAGGUAGACCAGGAUUUGGAUGAGAGUGCAUAUUAUUCUGUCAAGUCCAACCGGCAUUUCAAAAGGAAGAGACCAGUGACACUUGCAGAACGGAAAUUGAGAAUGAGGGAAACCUAUUGUCGAGAGAAAUUGAUGGUGAUGCGGAGGUAUUAUCAAGAGAGGAUUAGAGUAGAGAGAGAAAUUGCUAAAAGUAGUCAGCGAAUCGCUUGUGCGCUAGAACAGUUUGUGACAAGAUCUUUUCCUAAAUGAAUGCUGUUUUUUGUGAAACAGUCUUAUUUAAAUAAACAUUUUUACACCAUAGAUUAUUUCUUCUCUCUACCUUGGAUUUUUGAUUAUAUAUCCACACAAUAAAUAUACAUUAAAGUU